AGCAAAUCUACACAUGGCCUCAGCCGGCGGACUGACACGGCGACGAGGCGGUCGAGUCGGCGGAGAAGACAACGAGGAAGGCAGUCGAGUCUCAUCGCCAGUGCCCAAUAAUAGAACGGCUGUCGAUGCUCGUACGCCAGAAACUUCGUAUACUGACGGCGAGAACGGUCACAAAAUUGCAUUCGACCCACGAGACAUUAGCGAAAAUGAGGAACGGACAAGGAUGCCCAAGUUGACUUUGAUGGAUGAGGUUGUACUUCUGGGACUUAAAGAUAAACAGGGCUAUCUGUCCUUUUGGAACGAGAAUAUUUCUUACGCUUUACGCGGUUGCAUCGUUAUCGAACUCGCUUUCCGCGGCCGAAUAAGCAUGCAAAAGGACCCUGCUCGCAGGAGAUUCCCUCUUGCAGACCGAGUAAUUGAAGUGAUUGACGAUACACUUACAGGCGAGGUCUUGCUGGACGAGGCACUCAAGAUGAUGAAAUCGAGUGAAAAGAUGAGUGUAAGCACUUGGAUUGAUCUAAUGAGCGGCGAAACCUGGAACUUGAUGAAAAUCGGCUAUCAAUUGAAACAAGUCCGUGAACGAAUCAUGAAAGGCCUCGUGGACAAAGGUGUCCUUCGCACCGAGAAGCGCAAUUUCCUCCUUUUCGAUAUGGCUACUCACCCCGUAGCCGACUCCGGCGCGAAAGAAGAACUGCAUAAACGUGUGCGUAACGUCUGCAGCAGUCGCACUGUUAUCCUGACACCAAACCAAUGGCUCCCCGAAGAUGUUGAAUUCCGUUUCCUACGAACUAUAAGCAUGGUGUGCGCUGCAUAUGCGGCUAAUGUGCUUGAGAAUGCGCUGGUUACUAUGAGCCAUGAAUCUAGGGAAAGAGCUUUCGCUCAGGUUGACGAAUUACUUGCUGAAUACUCGCAAUGGCCUUUUGCUCGCAAAUCAGGUGCUGGUCAGAGUAUCGGAGCGAAUCUGGCACAGGCAGUCAACGACGAGAUUAAUAAAUCAAAGGAUCGAGAAUUGCAGCUAGAGAUUGUUGCUGCAUGCUUAAGCGUGUUUACCCGACUUGACUCUCUCCUGUAAUUGGCCUACCAACAUAUUACCAUUCUCCUGCUCUCCUUUCUUUUUAUAUGUACGCCUCAUCUCCCUCACAUACAGAGAUCCACUUUCGAUAAUCUCCGGGCAUUACAUCUAUCUGGUUUCUUUUCUUUUUUCUCCAGCAGGCGGUUUAGAACAUCACCCGCCCUUUGAGUCUUUGGGGGUAUCUUCAUUGUUGCUAGGUGUCUUUUUCAAGGGAAAAGGGAGCUCUUCGAAUCUCCGUGCCCAUUUCUUUUCUUCACUUUCUGGGCGUUUCACUAUUGUCAUCCGCACUCGCAGUUGGUAUUCAUCACGCAAGCAGCUCGAUUGCUGGUCUGCGAGUCAAGACAAGUCUACAUUUCAUUUUCUCUUCGAUGGACAUGUAUUUUGCUCAUAUUGUUGUCGGAGUACUUCAUAUUGAAUUCUAUAAUAAGAUAACACUGUUUUACUUCCUUUCUUUCUACUUUCUGGGUUAAAACUGACUUCCAGCUGGAUCAACUCGCAACACAACCUUUUGUUCCCCAGCCUUUUCAGCAUAAACCAACGCCUGUUGUCCACGCAACAGAUCCUCUAUCUGAUACGACACAUCGGGCUUCAAAACGCCCUUCUCAACCAACUGCACAAUCUUGCCCAAUUGCGUCUUAUUCGGCUUCACAUCAAUAACCUCACUGGUCAAAUUCCUCGUCAUGACUUCCGUCCUCUGAUCCCACUCAGACGGUUUCUCCGGAUGUCCCGAUUGCGGCCGUCGAGGAGUCAAGACAUGUCCAUGAUCCUUGACUACAACCGGAGAAUGAACCUCUCGAAACAAUCCUCCACCAGCACCCACGCAAUCAAAGACAAUAUCAACCGGUUUCCACCCCUUUUCCCGAAACGCAGCGGCUAUAUCCGUCGAGGCCGUAACCUCAUCCGCACCCAGCUCCUUGAGUAAGUACUCAUGCUCAUCCUUCUUACCCGUAGCAACAACCCAAGUCGAUCUCUCUAACUCCCCCAAUCCAGCACCGCCCAUAAGACCCAUUACAUGAUGCGGGAACAACGCCUGACACUUCAGCAACAACAUUACAUACCUUCCCACAUCCGACUGCGCGGCAUUCGUCACAAGAACCCUCAAGGGCCCAUCUGCCGGCUUAUUACAUGGCCCAUCAUCAGGAUCAAGUGUCGCAUAUCCAAACAACCCUUGCCAUGCAAUAAGCGCCGCGUGGGGGAUUGUGACUGCCUCUGCAGCGGAAAGAUUGGCGGGUUUGUAUGCCAAUUCAUUCUCUGUGGCGAGCGUAUAAUCCGCUGCUGCACCGUCGCGACCUUCGAUAUUACCCAAUACACCGAUUACUUCGUCGCCUACUUUGAAUGCCGGACCGGUGGAACUGGCAUGAUCUUCGCGGGGGGUACUUAUGACUUCACCACAAAACUCUCUUCCGGGGAUAAGGCCAUGUAUCUUAUCAAUCCCGUCUGCCGUCGGUCUUUCGAGAAACAUAGCGCUAUCCCUGUUACUUCCACUUCCCUGCCCGCUCGCGGAAGAAGUAUAGGUUUGCUGGAGCUCAUCGAUUGAUACGCAGACUGUGCGGACUUUGAUCAGGUAUUGAUUUGUCCCUGGUCUAGGCACGGGGCGCUCAGUUUCGUAUUUUAGGGAAGAUGGACCUCCUAAUGUGGCUUUGUUGGUGAAAGAGGAUGGGAGAUGGAGGGCUUGCAUGUAUUUGGGUACGCGGGUUUGUUCGCUCAUUGUGUUGGAUGUCAUGUUGUUUCUCUGGAUUGUUGAUAGCUUUGGUUGGUGUUGAUUGUUCCCAAAAUAUGCUGCCUGUUUAGCCGUAUAGUUUCACGUAUUCAAGGUUAAGUCUUAACUCGCAAGAAUUGAUUGUUC